AUGAUUGAUGGUUUGAGCAUAGCUGGGCUCACAAUUGCGAGCGUUGACCAGCUACUCAAACUUGGGGAGAGAACUGCUCAAUUAGUUUCAGAUAUGAGAGCUUUUCAAGAUGUUAACGAUCAACUCCGGGGUAAAAUCCAGCAUGAGAAUUAUCGAACCGAUCUCCUUCGCCGGCUCUUGUUCGACCCAGCUCCGGCCUACGGAGGCUCAACGCUAUUCGAGAACUUUGAUGAAGAAGGGCAGGAUCAUAUCCGAGUAUUCUUGGGGCGCGUCGUCCACACGCUUCGCGAGGCGCACGACCUGCUCGAGAAGCGCUACGGGAUGCAGGAUUCUUCUGGGGGAGAGUAUGCAGAGAAAGGAAGGUCCGACUCUUCGUCAUCUUUGACUUUGCUAUCGUCAUUCUGGGGUAGUAUUCCUUCGAUUCCGCGGACUCCAAGUCCUCGCCCGCCCCAGCGUACUCGGUCAAAAGGCCCCAUGCUGCUACUGCGAUGGUCCUUGCAAGAUAAGAAGCGGACCGAGGAAAUACUGAAUGAGUGGAUCGACUUGAAUUCGCGAAUUCGAGAAGACGUAAAAAUGAUGUGCCUAACGUCGUCGAUCGGGCUCAAUACCCAGCAUCUCCGUCGUCUCGAGGUAGACGAAGACUCGAAAGAGUUGGGGUUCAAUCUAGGCGCCGCCCUUCAACUAUCAGCAAGCCAAGAUACGUGCGAAGAUAUUGACUUCAGGCUGAGCGAUCCAGUUUGGAUGGCGGCCUUGUCAAAGUCGGUACCAAUUGACGACAGCUUUGCGGCACUCGAGUACCAGGGCAAGAGGUACUUGCAAGAGACUCGAAAGUAUGAAGCGGGCACAACGCCACCCCGAGAGCUCGAUCAAAGAAGUAGAGAGAGAGUAAAUGGACUAGCGUCCCUCCUUUCGAGGCCGAAAGAGACCGAGUUCUGUAUUCCACGAUGCGUUGGCUGGGAAUAUGUGGCAACUCAGUCACAGAUAGCCUUCAUUUUCGAAACUCCAGAAAGAGUAUCUGCCAAACCCGUCAGCCUAUUGCAUCUUUUGAGAUUAAAAGAAGUCCGACUAUCAUUGAGUCAAAGGCUUGCGCUAGCGUCAGCUUUAGCAACCUGUAUAUCGCAGCUACACAUGGUGAAGUGGGUCCACGAGAGCUUUCGGAGCGAGAACAUCCUCUUCUUCCCCGGGACGUCAUCGGCAGGGAAAAGUGACUUCGGUAUCGACUAUUCCAAGCCUAAUGUCUUGGGGUUUGCGUACUCACGCCCUGACAUGGAUUUUUCAGCUGGUUUGACGGACGUGUGUAUGGAAAGAGACGUCUACCGCCACCCGGACCGCCAGGGUUGCCCAGCAAACGUGUUUAUCAAAAGACACGACAUCUAUGCUCUUGGUGUUGUUCUUUUAGAGAUCGGACUGUGGCAGCCGGCUAUCACCCUCGAGAGCAAUAAUUUUAAAAAUGCACGGGACCCAGUAGCCAUCAAGAUGCAGCUUUUGAAACACGCGUCGAGACGUUUAGGCGAUAAGAUGGGAGACAACUACGCCAAAGUGGUCGAUGUCUGCCUUACUGGAGAGUUUGGAAUCCAGAAUGAUACCAAAGAGGACCUGAAGUUGCAGCAAGCGUUUCAUGUGCAGGUAGUAGAGGUACUCGCUCGGAUGUCAAGCUGCCUUUAA